AUGAACGCGCAGCUGGCGAUGGAGAGCAUGGGCGACCUGCACGCGGUGAGCCAUGAGCCGGGCGCCGAGCUGCUGGGCGGCCCCGCGCACCCCCGCGCCGCCGCCGUGCCGCCCCGCGGGCACCUGGGCGGCCCCGCGCGGCCCGCGGGCAUGGCGCUGCUGGACGGCGGCGACUUCCACCACCACCACCGCGCCGCCGAGCACGGGCUGGGGGGGCCGCUGCAUCCCGCCAUGAGCAUGGGCUGCGAGACGCCCCCCGGCAUGGGCAUGAGCGGCACCUACACCACGCUGACUCCGCUGCAGCCGCUGCCGCCCAUCUCCACGGUGUCGGACAAGUUUCCGCACCACCACCACCACCAUCACCACCAUCCGCACCAGCGCCUCCCGGGCAACGUCAGCGGCAGCUUCACGCUCAUGCGGGACGAGCGGGGCCUGGCGCCCAUGAACAACCUCUACGCGCCGUACCACAAGGACGUGGCCGGCAUGGGGCAGAGCCUGUCGCCGCUGUCGGGCUCGGGGCUGGGCUCGGUGCACGGCUCGCAGCAGGCGCUGCCGCACUACGCGCACCCCGGCGCCGCCAUGCCCGCCGACAAGAUGCUGACGCCCACCGGCUUCGAGGCGCCGCACCCCGCCAUGCUGGGCCGGCACGGCGAGCAGCACCUGAGCGCCCCGCCCGCCGGCAUGGUGCCCCUGGGCGGCAUCCCGCACCCCCCGCACGGCCACCUGGGCGCGCAGGGCCAUGGGCAGCUGCUGGGCCCCGGCCGGGAGCAGAACCCUGCGGUGGCGGGCUCGCAGGCGGGCGGCGGGAGCAAUUCAGGGCAAAUGGAAGAAAUCAAUACCAAAGAAGUCGCUCAGAGGAUCACCACCGAGCUCAAGCGAUACAGCAUCCCCCAGGCCAUCUUUGCCCAGCGGGUGCUGUGCCGCUCCCAGGGGACCCUCUCGGACCUGCUGAGGAACCCCAAGCCCUGGAGCAAGCUCAAGUCCGGCCGGGAGACCUUCCGCAGGAUGUGGAAGUGGCUCCAGGAGCCCGAGUUCCAGCGGAUGUCUGCUCUGCGGCUGGCAGCGUGCAAGAGGAAAGAACAAGAGCACGGGAAGGACAGAGGGAAUACCCCCAAAAAGCCUCGGUUGGUCUUCACGGAUGUCCAGCGUCGAACUCUACAUGCAAUAUUCAAGGAAAAUAAGCGUCCAUCCAAAGAAUUACAAAUCACCAUUUCCCAGCAGCUCGGGUUGGAGCUGAGCACCGUCAGCAACUUUUUCAUGAAUGCACGGAGGAGGAGUCUGGAUAAGUGGCAAGACGAGGGCAGCUCCAAUUCAGGCAACUCAUCUUCAUCAAGCACUUGUACCAAAGCAUGAAGGAAUUACCACAAACUAAACCUCGGUGGAAAAGCUUUAAAAAUAAAUAAAUAAAUAAAGACAGACCGGGACCUCAAGAUAGCAGGUUUAUACUUAGAACUAUUUGAAAAAAAUGUUAUUUAUAAGUCCAAAGAAACCAAAGACUUAUUUCACCUGCAUUAUGACUUUGUUCUAAGACACACGCUUUAGUAGGAUGACAACUUGCAAAAAAUAAAGGAAAGAAGUGAGUGAAAUGGAAUGAACAAAGUGGAACACGAAGAGAAGAAAAGUAGACCACUGGUCUCACACCUUCAUCCAUGAUCAUCUCCACCGUCCUUGGCUGUGUAGUGGUUUGGAGCAUAGUGAUUUCUUGUCAUUGAAUGGACAUCUUGUCAGAUAUGGCUCUUCAUUUCCACAGCGAUCGCCAUGAAGGUGUGCAGUGUGUCCGUGCUGUGUACACACUGGUGGUAGGGACUGAGUCAGAGCUGGUUGGCAGAGAGGGUCGUGCGCGGCAUGGCCAGCAAGGCGUGGAGUCGUCCGAAUGCAUUUGAAUGGUAGUGUGAUUUUUGCUGUUUUGGUGUUUGAGCUUCCCCGGCACGAUGCCCGGACACGAGUUCAAACUAGGCAGAGAAAUUUUGAAUGGUACCUAAACCAGUGCAUUCUCUUUGUUUGUUAAGGAGUGUUCAGAUUUAAAAAAGGGAAACUAUUCCAUCCAUAAAAGUUGACUAGCUACCAAAGAACACAUUUAAUAAUUAUAUUGCAGGUAUUUUAUUGCAAUGAUUUUAAUAUUCCAAAGCUAUUUUUACACAAAAUACUAUGUAGAGUUAUAGGUAUAAACUAAUCUAACUGUAUAACACAUAAAACUUGUAAUCAAGACUGUUAUUUGCCAUUAGUAAUGUCACAUUCUUGUUUCUUUUCACGAAUGGCAAGAAAGAAUGGCACAAUGGGGCUGGGGCCCAACACCUGGUCAAUGCUCAUUGAUGUUAGGGAGCUCUUUUUUCUUUCUUUCUUUCUUUCUUUCUUCUUUUUUUUACCUGCUGACUUUUCUAGGCAGAGGAAUAGCGAUAUAUGUGAAGACUUGGGGGUCUUUUCCCACUGAAAGCUGGUAGGACAUCGGGUAGUGUGGAUGGCAGCAGCCCUGGCAGGAGCUCUGGACGUGCCGUCGGAAAGCCAAGUCAUGGCUCCUCUGAAGUUGAUAGCAGUGUUCCCAUGACACAAAGGCACAGCCUAUUGUCACGUGGCUUCCUGUCCACGUGCAUCAGGCUGAGCUUUCUUCCGUGCAUUCUUUCUUGCUCAUCUGUUAAUACAAAUACUGCAUGAAGUAGUUUAAAAUUCAUAGUUGGAAAGUUUAACUGCUCUGUUGCUGAUAGAACCUCAGAAGAUAAACCGUCCCAUCCCUACUCUGAUAAAAGUAAAAAGAAAAGCAUGCAACAUCUGCAAACUGAAUUUUAGUGUAAGGGGAAAUUAGACUUUAAAAACCAAUUGGACUUUAAAAACAAAUUUUAAAUACAUGUGCUUGUUAGAUUUC